GUUUAGAAGACCGUAAUUGGCUGGAUGGCCCGAUGGCAGCAAUGCUCGGAUCUAUGAGGAGAUGAGACGCAAAAGCAGGCCGUGGCUGUGCUGGAGGUUAUUCUUGUCUCUGAGGCUUGCCAUUCUCGGCGUCCGUGUUCUUUGCGGCAUGGCGCUCCCGACUGCUGCGUUCUCGGCUGCUGGAUUUCCUUGUGCAGCUUGCGCUGUUUGGUCAACCGGCACAUUACUUAUCCAUGGAGAUUUUUCCAGCGAGUUCGCAGACCUGUAUCCGCAGACAUUGGCUCUUUGUGCGGGAUUCCCAGGAGCUCGACUACUUGGACCCCGUCCAUAAUGCUUGUGAUCUAAUCGAAUGGAGCAUCAUCCCUAGGCAUGUGCUUACAGCUAU